AUGGCUCUUGCCAAAGGUCAUUCAAAAAUUCGAUGUGGACCAUUAUCUGAUCGUACUAAAACAGCAAUUUAUGUUGUUGAACAUUUAACUAAUGUUAAAUUCAAAAUUACUGAAAUUCCAUCAUCGAAUUCUACAACUAUUAUUGAAUGUGAAGGUUUAGGAUAUCAACGUUCAAAUUUAAAACUAUUUUCUCACAAUUUCUUAUUGUUUUAUUUUCUAUAGAGGUGAGUAAAAAUAAGUUGUUGUUUUUUUUUUUUCAGAUAUUUAUAUAUCUAAUCAUGCCAGUUAAAAGAAGUGUCUCGAACAUGAAUGUGCUGAUGAUAAAUUAAUACUUAUUGAUUUCAUUUUGCAAUAUGAUAUGUCAUCUUCUUGAUUUGAUUUCAUUCAUAGAUGUGAUUCAUGUACAAUGAUUGUAUUAGCUAUCAAUAAAAAUUAAAUCCUUCUCAUCGAAAUCUUGUCGUUUUUUUUUUAUUAAAAUCAAUAUCAAGUAGGUGAGAUAGAGAUAUAUUGUAUUGAAGCAAUACAAAGAUUUAUUUUUAUUCAUCCAACGUUAUUCAUGAUGUUAAUACAUAAACUAUUGAAAUAACACUUGUAAAAUAUGAUAAAGCAACAUUAGCAUUUUAAAGUGCAAAAUCAUUAGAUGUUAGAAAUUGAUUUAAUGACAAUUUGAAUCGGAUUGAAGAUCGUAGUUCAAUAAUAUUCUAGUAAAGUUAAAACAAACACAAACAAUAAUAAUAAUUCGUCUUCAUUUACUAGAUUUAGUAAGUCGAACAAAGUAUUAAUCGAAUAUGAAAUGAUAUUCAUUAAUUAUUUAAUGAUAUAACGAUACAAUUUAUAACAAAAAUCAAAUUAACGCAUGCAAAAUUAAACAAUAUGCUGUUUUAAUUGUAAAAAAAAGGUUUCAUUUUUUUUCUAAUUGGCAAUGAAAUAAAAUUUAUUUAUCUUUUUUUCUCUUGGGUUUCAUUUGUAAGAGAUUUUUUCGUACAGUAUACAUAAGUGGUUCUUUGAAAGAAUGAAUACUCUCAACACUGUUCGGUAUUAAUGUCGUAAAAAAAAGAACGUAUGGUGUGUGUGUGUGUGUGUUUUGCUAUUGAGCCACGUUUUUUUUUUCGUUUAUCAUUGAAAUGAAGAGAAACCGAAAGAAAAGAAAAACCAGGAAUACGAAAAAAAUGAAAUACACACGAACGAAACAAAAAAAACACUAGGAGUACAAAAUAUGCGUUUUUUACCAUCACGUACUUCGUAAUAAAGUAAGUCAAUAUAAAGCGCAAAGGAUAGUAAUAGAUAGAUCGUGUGUAUUGUUUCUACUCUCUCAUCUUCUCUUCCAUAUGAUCAUUUAAGAAUUGAUUAAUCCUUUCGUCAUUGGUCAUUUUCGUUAUCUUGAGGCAAAAUCAAUCAUUUGACGAAUUUCCAAUGAUCGGCUUUAUUGAUACAUAGAAUGUUCAUUUUAAAUAAACAGAGAGAAAGAAGAAAAAAAAAAGGAUACUCCAACUAUAUAGGUAUAUGAAAUCACUAUUGUACAUGUGCGUUUCUUAAGUAUCUUGAGUGAAUUUGUAAUGCAAAGAAGAAAAAAAUCAUUCGACAUUCAAUCAAAAUCACUCUUGAGAAUAAAAAAAAAACUGCAAAGCUAUUUGCUUGUCGCUUUUUGAAUCAACAUUAUUACCAACUACGAACUAGUAUUUAGGUAAUUAUCAAUUCAUUUUUUAAUACAUGAAUAAAUAACCAAAAGUAGAUUCUAUUGUAUUAAAAUGUUAUUAUUAUUCUACUAUAUACGUAUUCAAAUCGACUCUUUCAGUAAUUUUAUAUUUGAAUUAUUUAAAAUACAUAAAUUAUUUUUAAUGAAAGAUUAAUUUAGUUAACGAAAAGAAAUUUAUUCGUAUUAUUAACUUUUGAUAGUUUUAUAAAUUUAACUUUUCGAGACAUUGUUAAUCAGUAGGAAAAAAUAAAAAACAAAGAACUGAUUUUUUGCAGUUCAGUCAAACGAAAUUUUUGUGAGAUAACAAAAUAUGAGAAUUGACUACUAUAAUAAUGUACACAAUUUUGUAACUAUUUCCUAAGUAACUUAUAUCUCUUGAAGCAAAGUUAUUUUUUAGAACAAUAUAGUUAUGUUUCACAAGCCGCAUAGAAGGGUGUGCCGAGGCCACCAGGUCCGAACGGGAGGUCGAUGACUCAAUAGGUCGAUUAGAAGGUUUAUGUUAAAGUUGAUUGGAUUUAGGAAGUUGAGCACUUUUUUGGGAAUCGGUGAAUAAAAAAAACAAUAAAAUGCUGAACUCCGAUGAGAAAAACGAAGAUUUCUCAAGAUUGAGGGCAACACUCCUUGUUGUACAUCAAAUAGUUUGUUUUUUUUUUGAUCUUCGAGAUAAAAUUCCCAUAUGUCCCAUUAAUUUUAAAUAAAAACCUGCUUUCUUAAGUCUCAUUUCUAAAGAAACGCAUUAUCAUUUGAUGAUAAAAUUAUAAAGAUAAGACAAGAUAUCGGUAUAAUAAUAAAAAAAAAAUAAUAUCUACGUAAGUUAGGUAUUAUUUGGAUACAGGUUUGAACUAUUGGACUCUAUAUGUGUUGGUUAGCCAAUUGGAUAGUGAGAUAUUUUAUAUCAACAAUAUAUGCAUAUGGUAAUUCGAAAGGGAGGACAUAUAUAUUUUCUUUUCUUUUUCUUUCUCUGUAGUAUUUUUUUUUUUUAUAUCAUUAUAGAAGAACGCUGAUCGAUUAACUCGGUCUCACUGUUAUCUAUCUUUCUUUCUUCUUUUUUUUCUUCUCAUUUAUAUUUUCGCUAUAUACAUGCAUGCAUCCGUUCGCAUUCGUCUUAUUCUGUCCAUCAAAAUUCUUCUAGUAACUAAAUCAAGCAAAUAAACAGAAAUAAAUAAGCUAGAACAGUACAGCUGAUUAUUGUGUUCUAAGUUCUAUCAAUAAGCUCAUUUAAAAUUGUACUUGUACGUAUAUCUUAUACUAAAAAGGUCGUUCUGACUCUUCAUUAUUCAUGAUGAGUUUUAUUCUGUUGUUGAUUGAUAUAGAAUAGUAAAGAACAAAUUAUAGAUUGAGGGGAAG